UUCGCCAGGACACCAGGGGGCGGUAUGAUCUGUUGACGUCACCGACGAGGAAGUACUUUACUUCCUGGCAAGCAAAAUGGAAAUAGUUGUACUAAAGUAGCUUUAUUAUAUCACAUUAAUCAAACUACGUUUCCCGAAUAUUGUACCUUUGAGCCGUUUUUGAGUUUCUUUAAUAGUGGACCGCUAAUGUAAAAGCUAACGUUAUCGAAGAAGUGCGUGUUUUUUGGGGAGAAUUGUGAACGACAGUGACAAAAACAAGACCUAUCCUCUCAGCUGACGUUAACUAUAACGUUAAACGUGUCUUACUUUACAUUAUUCUGCGAUAAACACACUCGGUAGUUUAUAAUAUUCUCCAUUUAAACUUGGGACCAGACAUCAGCAGAAUGCAUCGGAGAGGUGUUGGUGCGGGAGCGAUUGCCAAAAAGAAGCUGGCAGAGGCCAAAUAUAAGGAAAGAGGAACCGUGCUGGCAGAGGACCAAAUUGUCCAAAUGUCGAAGCAGUUGGAGACCUUCAAGUCCAACCUGGAGGAGUUUGCCAGCAAGCAUAAACAAGAAAUCCGAAAGAACUCUGAGUUUAGGGUUCAGUUUCAGGAGAUGUGUGCCACCAUUGGAGUUGAUCCACUUGCUUCUGGCAAAGGUUUUUGGUCUGAGAUGCUCGGUGUUGGUGACUUCUAUUAUGAGCUCGGUGUUCAGAUUGUUGAAGUGUGCCUGGCCCUGAAACACAGAAAUGGAGGGCUUAUUACUUUGGAUGAACUCCAUCAGAGAGUACUGAAGGGAAGAGGUAAAUUUGCUCAGGAUGUCAGCCAAGAUGACUUGAUGAGAGCCAUAAAGAAACUGAAGGUGAUGGGGAACGGCUUUGGGAUGAUUCCUGUUGGUGGUUCUUACUUGGUCCAGUCGGUCCCAGCAGAGCUCAACAUGGACCACACUGUAGUCCUGCAGCUGGCCGAGAAAAAGGGCUACGUCUCGGUGAGUGAGAUCAAGGACAGUCUGAAAUGGGAGAAGGAACGGGCUUGUCACAUCCUGGAUCACCUGCUGAAAGAAGGCUUGGCUUGGCUGGACUCUCAAGCGCCUGGAGAAGCACAGUACUGGCUGCCUGCUCUCUUCUCUGAGAUCACCUCCCGGGAUGUCACACCAGAGGAGGCCAAUCAGAUGACCCCUUAAGGAAUGACAGCCCACCAGCUGGUGACUGAUUCAAAGACUUGUUGGUAAACAAAAUGUGGCUGGUGUGAAGGCUCAUGUGAACUCCGUCUAAGAUUAUUAUCUGGACACGAGGAGAGAAAACCUUCCUCAUCGGCUUCUCAGUAACUCCUUUCAAUGAGUGAACUCACAUGACUAUGAGACACGACGCUGCAUAUAAACUUCAGUUUUGUGUUGCUGGUGUAACGGUUUAUGGGUGGUUACGGAUCGAUGUACAGAGAACAUGUAAAUGUUUAUGUAUGAAGAAUAACUUUUAAAACGAAAUCAGCUGAAUUCUACCACCAGAUUUUUAUUAUUUCACACGACCAUUAAAAUGCAUUUUCAUCAUUUAAAUUGAUCAUUCACAUACAUUAAUUUGUUACAUUACUCAACCUCAUAUCAACAAUUCAUUCGGUCAUACAUUUUAAAAUCAAUAGAAGUUAAAUACUUGAAUUGGCUCAAUAGUUAUAUUAGACCAUCAAUUUCCUCUAAGAGAUGAAAAGUGCAAAGCUAUACUGUAAAUGAAGAAUUGUGGUUAAAUAUUAAGUUUUAAAUGUGCUAUGCUUUACUUAAAUUAUCUUUCCAUCAACUUAGAACUGUUACAUUGUUCAAGCCUGUUUAAUGCAAAUAAUAUAUUCUUUACUGCUCGUUAUUUUCCAAAGCAUACCGGAAGAGUUUUGCAAUAUGAAAAUCAGAUUUUUAGAGGUUUGAAAGUGGCUUAAUUUAGGCGUUGUCUCACAUUGCCAGACCCAGAUCGCUGGAGUAUGUGGUCAGAUUCAUUAACUUGUUUAUUUCUUCUUUGGUUGGAUAGUUCCUGAUUUAAAUCAGAAGUUUGCAAUCUUUAUACAAAACAAAGGAAGGAAUGGGCUCUACUCAACUUUAUAAUUAGUGUCCUGACUUCCUUUAGGGGGAUACAUGUACCACCCAGGAGUAAAAAGUCCAAAGCGAUCACACAUUUGCUUUUUAUUAAAUGAUUGGCAACACUUCAUGCACACGUUUGACUUCCUGAACCGUGGAGGUCAGGAGAGUUGUGGCGAUGGAGGGAUGAAGAUAAGGUCAAUAUAAUCACACACUGGUACACACACUGAGGAAGGCAGAACCAGAAACAUUUGUAUGUCAUGGACUGUUGCCAGUCAUUUAAUUAUAUUUGUGAACGCCUGCCUAAUUCAACAAGCCAACUUUAGACUAUUUUGUUCAGGCAAAAUAUGUCUGCUUGCAUCUAAAAAAAACACUUAAAGUCUUAAAACAUUCCAAACGAUGCCCAGUUGUGUGGUAAUUUACUUUUAAAUACAUUAACAUUAAACACUAAGAUAACCUUUGACCAAAAUAAAUGAGGACACGAUGUCCUCUGUGAUGGAUUACAUACUGCAACUCAGGCAUCUUUCAGGUCUCUGCCAGCAGAUUCUUUGUGCAUGAUGGACACUAAUGGCUGAAACCCCCCGUCCCCCCCCCAAAAAAUAAAAACUUCAGUAUGCUUUGGAAAAUGGGGCAACCGUAAUGUAAUUUGCAGUAAAAGUGUGCAACAAUAUCCGUGCGGUCCUUUUCCACAUGUCCACCCAACUUGUAAGACGUUCAUUCUCCAGACGUAUGAAUCGUACGUGCGGUUCUCACAGCUCGUGGCCGUAGACGUGAUCCUCAAACACCGACUGCUCCAUGUUGUCGCAGAUCAUCGUGCAGAAGGGACACACUCGGUGGCUCUGCUCGUGCUGCUCCAGUUCGUUCUGGGUUAUGCAGGGGAAGCACUCUUGGCAGUGACGACACACCAGCGCCUGCUGCGAGCAGAAAUGGAGACGGCAAGUCAGAAGACGUAACAAAAUAGGGAGCGGAUUAUGUUUUAAGUCCUCUACGAAAAUAAAUGGUAAACAGCCGA